UUUUUGCUCUCAUCUCCACCAUUGGGGGCAGAUGCCUCUACUGCGAACAUUCGUGUAUUCCGAAACAAAUACGAGCCGUCCGUUUGACGAUCAUUCUAGAUGCUAGUGAUAUUUUUAUCUUUAUUCCCAUUUAUUUUGAAUGACACAGGAGGAGGUUACACAGUAAGCUUAUAAGUGCCGAAAAACCAAUUAUCAAACCAGAGCCGUAAAAGAAUUAGAAGAGACCAUGGAGGCAUGGUACAUGGACGAAACCUCUGAGGAUCAAAGACUUCCUCACCAAAAAAUUCCUAAUCAACCCGUCUCUCUAAACAAAUUAGCAGAUAUUGGGGUGCUAUACUGGCACUUGAACCCAAAAGACUAUGAAAAUGAUAAGGAGUUGCAGAAUAUCAGACAAACUAGAGGAUACAAUUACAUGGAUUUAUUAGAUUUGUGUCCAGAGAAAGUUGAAAAUUAUGAAGAGAAACUCAAGAAUUUCUUCAGAGAGCAUAUCCAUGCUGAUGAAGAGAUUCGUUACUGCUUACAAGGGAGUGGAUACUUUGAUGUCCGAGACAGUGAUGAUCGGUGGAUUAGAAUUUGGAUCAAAGAAGGUGAUAUGAUUGUUUUACCUGCUGGUAUUUACCAUCGAUUUACUCUAGACAAGGGAAAUUAUGUCAAGUUGAUGAGGUUGUUUGUUGGAGAGCCGGUAUGGACUUGUUAUAAUCGUCCACAAGAAGAUCAUCCAGCUAGAGUGGGUUACAUCAAGAACUUCAUUGAUGAUAAUAAGCAGGGAGUGCCGCUGGAAGCUCAUUGAGUAAGCCUUUACCUGUUUUAUGCACAUUAUGUUCUCUAUAGUUGUUCUAUGUGUAUUUUUAGACUCUAUAAUUGAAGGCAUAAGAGCCAACAGUGUAAGUCAAGUCUGGUGCAUCUAUAUCAACUUAUUAAGUCUAUGUAUUUGUGUUGGGGAUGUUAAAUUUGGUGUCAAGAGACGAACCUACUCCUAAGAAUACUCCUAAGCUUGAAUUGUUUACAUUCCUUGAGAAUAUAUUGUAGAUUAUUGGAUUUGUGUAUUCCAA